AUGUCGAUCAGUAGUAGUAGUAGUUGUGUAGCCGCCGGCUUGUAUUCGCACUGGCGCGAGGGAAGGAGUUUGUUGGGCGGCUGCAGCCCUCGCCCGGCGCUGACUCCCUCCUUCGCCCUCUUCCGGGACGCCGGGGAUGCGGAAGAGGAACGCGAUCAUGCUAUCAAACUAACACAUUCUUUGCUGAUGCGUGGUGAAACCCUCUGGGACAUAAAGAGUCUUAUAAUAGUUUCUCUAUCAACAGAGCUGACAAAGGAUUCAUUCAACGAUUACCAUCCGAUAGAUUACCUCGCUGGGUUAUAUCUCGAGCAACAAUAUCACAGUCAUCGUGACCUUGCUGGAAAAAUGUUCAUCCUUGGAGACAUGACAGAAAGUGAAGGCCCUCUUCGAUAA